AUGGCCGCCGCGCUGUGUUCGUCCCGCAUCGUGGCGGGCGGCGACGAGGGCAGCGAUAGCGAUGACGGCGACUGGGACAUUGGCGUCGUUCGACAGGAGCCGCAGCAGUUGGAUCAAAUGUUGCAGGCGGACAAGAAUGAAGCAUUGAAGAAGGCUCUGUUUCGUGGUGAUGUGUCGUUAAUUGAAGAGCUCUUAAACUCGGGUAUCAGCAUAGAAACUAGCUUUCAGUUUGGAUGGACUCCCCUGAUGUGUGCAGCCAGUGUGGCUAACUUUGCAGUAGUACGUCUUCUUCUGGACAGAGGUGCUAAUGCCUGUUUUGAAAUAGAUAAAUAUACUGUGUUGAUGGCAGCAUGUGCUGCACAAGCUUCAGAGGAGAACAUCUUGAACACUGUCGAACUGCUUCUUUCAAGGAAUGCUGACCCUAACCUUGCUUGCAGGAAACAAAUGACUGCACUGAUGUAUGCAGCUAGAAAAGGCUAUCCUCGAGUUGUUGCUUUUCUUGUUGCUCAUGGAUCACACAUAAAUGCCCAAGAUGAAAAUGGAUAUACAGCAUUAAUAUGGGCAGCGCAGCUUGGACAUAAAAGUGUAAUUUUGAAGUUGCUUGAGCUAGGAGCUGAUAAAAAUCUACAGACCAAGGAUGAAAAGACAGCAGCAGAGCUAGCAAAACUCAAUAAACACUUAGAGAUAUUUAGUUUGCUCUCUUUGGCUGCAAAUCACUUGCAAGGGAGAUACCAUAAAACAGUUGAUCAAGAGGCUAUCUGCAAAUUUCUGACAGCCGUCUCUGACCACAGUGUUGGUUCCUGUUCAGCUUUUCAUGACAUGGAAGUGUUUUUGCAUGGCCUUGGUCUAGAACAUAUUAGAGAAUUAUUGAAGGAACAAGAUAUAGCUUUAAGACAACUUCUGACCAUGCAAAAAGAUGACUUAAUACAGAUUGGCAUUACAAAUCCUGGAGAUCAACAGAAACUCCUAGAAGCUAUUAACGAUCUGCAGGUGGAAGAAAAAAAAUUUGGAGAUGUCUCUGAAAUUAUGAAACUGGAAUUGAGUGAAGAUGAAUUACUCAAGUUUCUUCAGAAGUUGAAUAAAGAGUGUAGUAAGCUGAUCAUUCCUGUGCAGACCAUGAAUAACCAUUUCCUCAAAAAUUCUCACAAGAUGGUCCUGCAGUGGGCACCGACUGAAUGUUAUAUUGAAGUCUGCAAAGACGUGAUUUGCAGUGUUAAAAAGUUGGGAGAAGAGGUUGGCAAACUGAAGGACCUCGUGGUGGAGUAUGACGAGAAGAAUAAACCUAACCAAGUGAAACUUCCGGGAAAAGCAGCCACCUUGGAAAAAAGAUUAGUAAAAAUGGGAGUGGUAACAUUGCUUGGAUUUGGUUUUUUCUUAUUUGUAAUUAAAUUAGUAGCUAAGAGAACUCGAAUUUAAGUUUAGUGCUGUUUCUCAUCAUAUCUGCAGUAUUUGUAUCUAGUAGGUACUUUGAUCUAAAAAUGAAGUUAUUAAAAAUUAAAACUGUUAUUUAUGUGUAUCUUAGGGUUUUGUUUUGAAAUUCAUUGUUGAUAUAGAAUGUAGGUCUAAAAUCUUGUCAAAGCUGCUUUUCUGAUUUUGACAUAAAACUGAUUAUUUCUUAAUAA